AUGGUGAAAGGAACAAAAAUAAGUUUAUACCUGCCGCUGCUGCUGUUGCUGCUGCUGAGCUAUACGUGCGUACAGGCGGCGUACUUUUACGUGAAGGAGGGAGUCGAUAAAUGCUUCGUAGAGAGCGUCGCGAGCAAUGUCGUCAUCACGUCGUCCUAUGACAAUUUUGGAUUAAAAGGCAAGGAUGCUUUUGCACACAACGCUUCCACGCGUAUCGAAGCGCUACGUUUAAAAAAGAAAUACCUCCCUUUUUUUCUCAUUGCAGAACUGAAGUGCCAUAUCAAUAUAAAGGACCAGCAGGGAAGAGUGGUGUACUCCCACGACACGUCUGCAAUUAGUAAAGGAAAAGUCUCCUACCUGACGAAAAAGAAUGGGCUGUAUUAUAUUUGCAUCUCUUGCCCGUCGUCCAACUGGUUUAAAAGCACGGCCAUCAAAUGGAGCCUAUCCAUAGAGGUAGGAGGGUCAGAUGUGGAUAUCGAAAACGUGGCCAAAAAAUCCGAAUUAAGUGAGACGCUAUCCAUUUUGCUGAAUUUGAAGAAGAAGUUCACCUCCAUGAAGUUGCAGCAGAUAUAUCAGAAGCAAAUGGCGACCAACCUGUACGAACACAACAAAUCGGUCCACAACAAGAUGUUCUACUGCUACAUACUCGAAAUUAUAAUACUCGUGGCCAUCACCGUCUACUCCAUUGUGCAUUUGAAAAAUUAUUUUAGGGCCCAAAAAUUGAUGUAGCGAUUGAGUUAGGCGCGCCGUCGAAUGUGCAGCGGACUUUUUCCGCGCUCGACUAUUUUUGGCAGUGCCUUUUUGGUGCGAAAAAUUGACGCGUAUUUCUACACGCACUUUUUUCUGUGCAAUUUUUUCUCACUUUUGGGGCAUUUUCUAUGUUUUUAAUUUUCGACGCGAGUGCCCCUUUUCCAUUUGGCCACUACACGUUGCAAAUUUCGAAGCUUCGUAAAAACGUUAAAAAAAAGAAUGUAAAAUUUUUUGUAUUAAAAAAAAAACUUGCGCACAUAACAUAAACGUAGGUGUGUGCCCAUUUAACAAUUUUUAAAAAGGGGGG